GUAUCACCAGUUUUCACCACUAAAGCAAAGAUACCAAAUGAAAUGAACAUUGCAGGAAGAACAAUUUUCAACACUAGAAUCCUCAACUCCUACUCAAUUUCUCGCACCAAACUUCAAUCAACCUCGACAUUUUCUCAAUCCUCUUCUCUUCCCAUCUUCAGCAAAACAAUCCGCGCACAUCUGCCACCAUCAAAUCGGAACAAUUCAAGGUGGUCAACAACAAUGUCGUCUACUUUCAAGCCCGAACAAGCUAGGGUUCCUCCCGCUCUUCAAUUACCCACCCCACCCAUCACCAAGUUUAAAAUUGGGCUUUGCCAGCUUUCAGUGACAGCGGAUAAAGCUAGGAAUAUUGCUCAUGCUAGGAAGGCUGUCGAGGAUGCUGCUCAAAAGGGUGCCAAACUUGUUGUCUUGCCUGAGAUUUGGAAUAGUCCAUAUUCAAAUGAUAGUUUCCCAGUGUAUGCUGAAGAUAUUGAUGCUGGUGGGGAUGCAUCUCCUUCAACAGCAAUGCUUUCUGAAGUUUCUCGUGCCUUGAAGAUCACAUUAGUUGGAGGAUCCAUUCCAGAACGUGUUGGGGACCGGUUGUAUAAUACUUGCUGUGUGUUUGAUACUGAUGGAAAGCUAAUUGCUAAACACAGAAAGAUACACUUAUUUGAUAUUGAUAUUCCUGGAAAGAUCACUUUCAAGGAAUCACAAACCCUUACAGCAGGAGAGGCUCCUACAGUUGUAGAUACAGAGGUUGGGCGUAUUGGAAUUGGCAUCUGUUAUGACAUUCGCUUUCAAGAAUUGGCAAUUUUAUAUGCUGCAAGAGGUGCUCAUUUGUUAUGUUAUCCUGGGGCGUUUAACAUGACUACCGGACCACUGCACUGGGAAUUGCUUCAGAAGGCAAGGGCAGUUGAUAAUCAGGUAUAUGUAGCUACUUGCUCCCCUGCACGUGAUGCUGGUGCUGGUUAUGUUGCUUGGGGUCACUCCACACUUGUUGGACCAUUUGGAGAAAUCUUGGCCACAGCAGAACAUGAUGAGGAGAUCAUAAUAGCUGAGAUCGAUUACUCAUCAAUUGAACUCCGAAGGACUAAUCUCCCGUUGGAGAAGCAACGCCGAGGGGAUCUUUACCAGUUGGUAGAUGUGCAAAGAUCGUAGUUUCUAUGGCAUGCAAAGACUUGGAACCCUGGAUUUCUUGUAAAAAGCCUUUUAAGAUGAGCCUAAGCGAAGAGGAUAGCAGUGUAAUCAAUUUUCUUAAGCAAAAUAAGAAUUGCUCAAAUGCAUGCAAUAAAAAAUUUGCAAUAUGAAAAGAGUUUUUGUAUUUCACAGAAAUAAAAUAUAAAUAAAAGAAGCAUCUUCUAUA